UCACUCAUUUUUGCUGAGCGGGUCAUCGACCUCCUCCAGUAUCUGAUUUCUCAUAGUAGGAUCCAGGAGAGAACUAAAGGGUUUUUAGAGGACUGACCAUGUUACAGGUCUUUUGGACGGUUUCUUUCUUCCUGCUGCUUCACCAAACUUCUGCAGAUGUCUUCCUCCAGAAUCAGGAUGCCAGUCAGGUGCUUAAACGAGGGAAGCGGGCCAACAGCCCAUUUGAGGAAUUCCGGCAGGGCAAUAUGGAGCGGGAGUGUGUAGAGGAAGUUUGUGACCGGGAAGAGGCCAGAGAAAUAUUUGAGCAUGAGGAGAAAACGGAUGAAUUCUGGAACGUGUAUGUUGAUGGAGAUGCGUGUCUGUCCCAGCCCUGUAUGAAUGCUGGCAAGUGUAAAGACGCAGUUGGGAACUACAAUUGUUUCUGCCCACAAGAAUUUCAUGGUUACAACUGUGAAGUUGCGAUCCCUCAGCUGUGUGAGAAUGAGAAUGGUGGCUGCGACCACUUCUGCCAUGUCAGAGACAAGAAAAUGGAAUGCUCCUGCGCUAAGGGCUACAGCCUUGUAACUGGCAAAUACUGCCGCUCUACUGAUCCCUUUAAAUGUGGAGUUGUUCUUGCGGAGAAGACAAGGACAAUCUUCAUUUACAUCCCAGAUGCUGAAAACACCACAUUAAAUAAUAAUCCUACAACACAUUACAACACACCCACAGCGACAGUAGAGAGCAUUGUUAAUACUACCAUCAGCCCCACUUUAUUCUUACCCUUGGAGGAUGAGGUGGAGGAAGUGAUCGAGGAUGUUAUCCUUCCAGAAUCUGUAGGGGACACACGUGUUGUUAAUGGAGAAGAUUGCCCUCCAGGGGAGUGCCCAUGGCAGGCUCUUCUAAUGAACGAAGAGGGUAUGGGCUUCUGUGGGGGAACCAUCCUGAACGAGUUUUUCAUCCUCUCAGCUGCCCACUGCAUGAACCAAUCCAAAACCAUUACAGUGAUUCUUGGUGAGUUCAACACCCUGAAAGAAGAGGGCAGGGAGGCCAGUCACGAGGUGGAGCUCUACAUCACGCACAAGAACUACAUUCCUGAGACCUACCACAACGACAUUGCUCUCAUCAAACUGAAAACCCCUAUAAAGUUCACUAAGUACAUUAUACCCGCUUGCCUACCAGACCGUGAUUUUGCAGAGCGAAUAUUGAUGCGGCAGGCGGACGGCAUGAUAAGUGGCUUUGGGCGUGUCCGUGAGGGUGGCCCACAGUCCACUCUUCUGCAGAAGUUGACCGUGCCUUAUGUGGACCGUGCAACUUGCAUUGAGUCCAGCAGCUUUAAGAUUUCCAAGCACAUGUUCUGUGCUGGAUAUGACAAGGAGAGUAAGGAUGCCUGCCAGGGGGACAGUGGUGGACCUCACGUGACACGAUACAAGGGCACCUGGUUUGUGACAGGGGUGGUGAGCUGGGGUGAGGGUUGUGCCCGUAUGGGGAAGUAUGGAGUGUACACGCAGGUGUCCAAGUACAUCCCAUGGCUGAAUGGAGCCAUGAGCCACAUCAUGUCCACAAACCUCAGGAGGAGAAGAGAUGCGGUGCACAGUGUCAUAUACUUCUGAGUUUCCAUAACAGCACAAGAGACAGACUGAGAGGAGAAGGGAGAAAUGUCACUGUUUAUGAUAUGAUGAUGCUGGUGAGAUUUAAUCCAAUAAAAAAAAUCUUGAUGAGUCACA